AUGCAAAAUUAUCCUCGUCCUCCUUCGGUCGUUCAACCACCUCCACCACAACAACAAGGCUACGGAGGAUACAAUCAUCCACCACAACAACCACCAACUUAUCAGCAACCUCCAUCAUAUGGAGGCUAUGCCCAACAGUCACAAUACGGAGGAUACAAUCCGCCUCCACAACAGCAGUAUGGACAAUAUGGAUAUGGAAGCAUUUAUCAACCACAAAUAAUUAAUCAUCCUUUGAAACCAUUUUUUGAUGCUGUAGAUACAGAUCGGAGUGGUAAAAUUACUUGGAUUGAACUUCAGAAGGCUCUCACUCAACCUGGUGGAGAAUUUACAGGCCGAGUAUUUAACGAAAGAUGUGCAAGAAGAUUAAUUAAAAUGUUCGACAAGAACGGAAAUGGAGAGAUUGAUUUUGAGGAAUUCGUUCAACUCCACCAAUUUUUACUUCAAAUGAAGCAAGGGUUUGAAUUCGUAGACAAAGACAAAUCAGGAACGCUAUCCUUCCAGGAAGUAUCAACAGCAUUAAUGCAAUCAGGUUAUCGAAUUGGUAUCAAUGUUGUUCAAAAAAUGUUCAACAUGGUCGAUGUCCAGAGAAAAGGUUUUCUUAACUUCGACGGUUAUAUUGAGCUAUGUGUUUUCGUUGGCUCUAUUAGAAAUGCAUUCCAACCUAGAGACAUCUAUAGAAAUGGAACAGCCAUGUUCACAUUUGACCAAUUUUUAGAAGCUUGCACAGAGUUUUAUGUUUAA